ACCGGAACCAGAGAGAGAGAGAGAGAGAGAGAUGGGGGACCGGCGCGGGAAGUUCCUCUCUCCCCGCGUCUCCAAGGGAACACUGCAGCUCCGCGUGAUCUUUCUGGACAACAGCGAGCGCGUGUUUGAGGUCGAGCAAAGGAUCCUGGGAUGUGACUUCUUCAACAAGGUGUGUGGCCACCUCAAGCUAUUGGAGAAGGAAUACUUUGGACUGGAGUUCAGACAUCACACUGGUAGUUAUGUGUGGCUGGAACAGUUGAAACCUCUAGCCAGUCAGAUAAAGAACACCAGUGAUCUGUUCUUCAGAUUCAUUGUCAAGUUCUUUCCUCCAGACCCAGGACAGCUGCAGAGAAGACUCACAAGGUAUCUGUUUUCUCUCCAGAUCAAGCAGGACCUCUCUACAGGCAGUCUUACCUGUAAUGACAACAGCGCCGCCCUGCUGGUCUCCCAUAUACUGCAGUCAGAGCUGGGAGACUACAAGGAGGAGUUGGACAUCCACCAUCUAGAGAUGAGAAGAUACGUCCCUAACCAGGAAUACCUGGACCACAAGAUUAUGAAGUUCCACAGGAAACACAGGGGUCACUCUCCUGCGGACUCAGACGUCCAUCUGUUGGAGGUUGCUAGGAAACUGGACAUGUACGGUAUCCGCCCCCAUCCUGCCCACGAUGGCGAGGGCAUAAGACUCAACCUGGCCGUCACACACUCUGGGGUACUGGUGUUCCAGGGCAACACUAAGAUCAACACGUUCAGCUGGGCCAAGGUCCGUAAACUGAGCUUCAAGAGAAAACACUUCCUCAUCAAACUACACGACCAAAUAGGGGUGAGACUCCUAUUACCCAACCAUAUUCACUUCCUCAUCAAACAACAUGACCAAAUAAGGGGUGAGACUCCUAAUACCCAACCAUAUUCACUUCCUCAUCAAACUACAUGACCAAAUAAGGGGUGAGACUCCUAAUACCCAACCAUAUUUACUUCCUCAUCAAACUACAUGACCAAAUAAGGGGUGAGACCCC